AACGCGCGAAAGGGAAGGCGCGAAGUCCGAUCAAUACAACUUCGAACUUCGGUUUAUUUGUCGUGUAGAUGAAAAGGUGUAGUAUAUAUAGACAAUUGUAAACAAUUUGUUCAUGAUUGAAUAAAUGGAACAUCAAUCUGAUAUGGGGGCAUACGGUGAAAAUCCAAACGUACAAAACAAUGGAAAUUAUAUCACUAUUAUUCCUGUCGACUACUCCAGACGUGGAUAUCCUAUGCAAGCUGAGUAUCAAUAUAAUGAAUUUCGAUCCCGCGAGGAGUACUACAGUGUUCAAAGCCAAAAACUACAAGCAGAAGUCAACGCGCACUUGUAUUCAGUUUCACAGCGGUUGCCUCAUUUGUCCUACAGUCCUCUAGGAAGACACAGUGAUUGGGACAAACAUGAUCCUCACAAGCCGUUACAACCAGAUUCUAAAGAGAGUAAUAGCUCGGAUUCGCUCGAGAAGAGUGUUAUGGGAUCCAAUUUGAGUAGUUGCUCAAACCAGACAGGGUCGAGUAGUAUAGCGGCAGGAUCAUUCAGCACCACAGAACCAAUAACUAGUGGUGGAAGUUCAUCAAGCGCCAUAUCUCCCCCAUUACCAGGGUCAUCGGGAAGCACCGCAUCGUCAUCAACUGUAUCUUCAAAUCCGCUGACUUGCGUUUACCUCAUGUCCAAAACCGCCAUUAUGGUAGAGAUGAGUUCAGAAGAGGUGCCCUCCUGCGUCACAGCUGCCCGUUUUCUGAACGCUGUGUUGGCUACUGAGGAGUUGGGACUAACGCAGCCCAGCGUCAGAAGCUUAGCCGCUAAUGUGUUCUCUUUAUGGAUGUGCAGUCCUUUAUUAGAAAUCCAGCUAAAAUCUCACCAUUGCCCUUGGCGUAUUUGGGCUAACUGGCAGAAGUUAGUGUAUCGCUAUGGCCACGGUUCUGAGUCCAAACGUUCGCGAGACCAGCCCAUACUUCGGCUACAAAGAAAUAUCUUCUUCCCUAAACAUUUGGAGGAAGGCAUCAAAGAUUCAAAAAUACAGGAACUAUUGUAUGAAGAAGCGAGACACAAUGUCGUCACCGGACGGUAUCCUUUAGAAAGCGCUCAAGCAGUAAUGUUGGGAGGACUGCAAGCUAGAAUUCAACUGGGGCCAUAUGAUCCACAUAGACACACAGCUAAAUUUUUCAGAGAACACCAAGACAAAUACCUCCCGAAGCACGCGCGCUCGGGCCGCUGGGCGCAGCUGCUGCCGGCCGGCCGCAAGGGCAGCCCCGAGGCCAAGCUGCUGGAGCAGGCGCAGCGGCCGCCCGCCGCGCCGCCGAGGAAACUCAGGCAUAAGUAUCUGGCGCAUUGUCGGACACACACUACUUACGGGGCGGUCUUCUUUCAAGGUCAGAUCGAGCAACCUGUGCGCAGUCUGACCAGCCUCCUCGCGCACGAAGACAUCCCUGUUCUGGUCGCCAUCAACUCUAACGGGGUCUACGUCAUUGAUGAUACAGAAAGUACUGUUCUCCUGGGUCUGUUGUUCGAAGAACUGUCGUGGGACCUCGGUCUACCCUCAGAUGACAAUGACGACUGUCUGCCGUGUCUGUUCCUACAGUUCAUGGUGGUCGAGAAUGGGUUGAGGGUGUCCAAGAUUCUCCAGGUAUUCUCAAAGCAGGCGCCUAUGAUGGACACGCUGAUAGAACAUUUCGCGGGCGAGUACAGGAAGCGGCUGGGACAGGAAACGCCAAGUGACCACGCCAACUAUGAUUAUCAUUCAGACUCGGGCAGUAUAUCCCUGCCGCCGCUGUCGCGGCCGGACUCCCCGCAGCGGCGGCAGGCCAACAAGCUGUCGCGGCUGGCGCUGGCCACGCACGACGGCCGCGGCAACCUGCUGGGCGGCGCCGGCGACUGGAACACCGACCUCAGCCAUCCGCAGCCCGCCUGGAUACUGCCCAAACAUUGAAUAUUCUCCAAGGAAACUGAGAAUGUCAAAAGCUAAAAGUUGAUCUAAGUCAGAUCUUGUGGUAUAUUUCUAGGUACGUUUCUUCUGAAAAAGCAGACACCUUUUCUUCUGAACAAGUAGAAAAACUAACCCUGGACUCCGACGACCCUUAUAUACCGAGGAAGUCACCACAAGAUCUGAGUUAAUACUUGAGCUGAAAGUGACAAAAGCUGAAGAGCUUUUGACUUUUGUCACUAAUUGUAAUCUAAGUAAUCUAUAUUAUAAAUAUUUACCUAAGUAGUUAAUUUAAUUAAAUCUAGUCAAGAAAUUAUAAAUAAAAAAAUACCGAAAUAAUUUAAAAUAUAUU